AUGGAAAGUCAUUUAGCAUUACAUUGUAAUAAAGCACCUGAUCAUAUAGUUACUUUUUAUCUUUAUGAAGUUGCUGAAAGAGUUGAAAAACUUGCAUUAGAUGAUGAUAGUGAAGAUGAUGCUUUUAUUAAUUCAAAUCAAAAAAAAGAAAAACGAAGAAUAAUUACAAGCAACUACCUCAAUUAUCGAUUACUUCAUGAUGGAAUAAAAAAUAUGAAGAUUCAAGGUAGAAAUUUAGAGUUAUUUACUAAAACAAGAUGGGCAUCAGCAUUUAAUACUACUAAUUCUAUUAUUCGAAUUAAGCCUGUUUUUGACAAAAUUUUAGAAGAAAAUCCAAAUAUUAUAUUUAAUAAUACAGUUUAUAAGCUAUUGAAAGAUGAAGAAGAAAUCUUUUUUAUUACUUGUCACUAUAUAGCUAUGAUAUUUUAUCCUAUUAAAGAAAUAAUUAACUUAUUAGAGUCACAAACUGCUAAUUUAGCUGAUUGUUUUGUUAACCUUGUAAAAUUAG